AUGUUGGUGUGUAGGGUUUUAUCCAGAGUUACUCGCAGCGCGGGCUUACGCUCGUCUCUCUCCUCCGUCGCUGCUACUCCGACGAGGAAUCAGAUUCCCAAAUUUUCCGGCCGAUUUCACUCCCUUGUUGACGGAACUCCCAACAAGCUUAUUGCAGUUCCAGUGUCGCUCCUAAACAACGGAACUGUAGAUUUGAAUACCCUUCGAAGGUUCAGCUUUUUUUCAUCUUCCUCUAAUGAAUCUAAGGAAAAUAAGAGUAACACUGAGGUCCCAAAGAGUAACAUCGAAGCUUCUGAGGAUGUGGAGGAGGCGGGGAAAGCUUCAGAUUCAGAGAGUGAUGUUGAGGAUUUGUCGAGGGACGAUUUGGUGAAGCUUGUGGUUGAGAAGGAAGAUCUUUUGAAGGUUCAGCAGGAAAGCUUAAAGGAAAUGCAAGAUAAAGUUCUUCGAAGUUAUGCAGAGAUGGAGAAUGUAAUGGACAGGACAAAACGUAAUGCUGAAAGCGCCAAAAAGUUUGCUAUACAGAACUUUGCAACGAGCCUUUUGGAUGUGGCGGAUAAUCUUGGAAGAGCUUCUUCAGUUGUCAAAGAGAGUUUUGCGAAGAUCGACACUUCAAAAGAUUCGGCUGGUGCUACUCCACUGUUAAAAACCCUUUUAGAAGGAGUGGAGAUGACUGAGAAACAAUUAGCAGAGGUAUUUAAGAAAUAUGGUUUGGUGAAAGAAGAUCCUUUAAAUGAACCGUUUGAUCCAAACAGACAUAACGCAGUGUUCCAAAUCCCAGAUGCUUCCAAGCCAGAAGGCACAGUUGCUCAUGUCUUAAAGUCUGGAUACUCGUUGUAUGAUCGAGUUAUAAGGCCAGCUGAGGUUGGUGUUACUUGCGCGGCGGAGAAUCAAGAAGGCGAGAAAGAGUCAGAAGCUUGA